AUGUCGGCAGCGCAGACUCAGAAGGACAGUGAGGGUCCCUGGGGACUGGACUCCCUGGGCCUGAGCCAGAGAGAGUUGGUAAUGGCUGAAGCUCUACAGAUGGAGUAUGAUGCCCUGUCCAGACUCAAACAGGACAAGGGGGGGGACAGCCAGGGGACCAGCAGCCAGGGGAUUGGGAAGUUACCUACGCUACCCCCUAGGGAGGGCCAGAGCCAGAUCGAUCGCCACCUCCCACCCUGCCCCAGCCCUAUUCCUCCAGGAGGGAGUUUGCUAAGAGGGCUGUCUGGUUCGGACCCAUCCCUCAACCACCUCCAGCCUGGGGGGUCCCACUCCCCACGGCCCUCCCCAGCCAGGGCCACUCCUCCUCUGGGAAGUUACAGCAAGGAUCCCCUCUAUAUCCUGGAGAGUUCAGGGAAGGGGGACUACCUGAACUCCAGCUAUGGGCACUCAGGGUCUAGCUAUGGUUCUCCUCUGACUCUGCCUAAAGGCUUCCCCCCUCCUCCGGAUGACCCACCUCCUGCUGUACCCCCAAGGACCCCUCUCCCCCCCUCCUCUGAGCCCUUCCUGCCCCUCCGACCCACUAUGGCGCCCCGGGAUGUCAACCUGUUCACCCCCGAGGUAGACCAGCCCAAACUGUCGUCAGGGGAGACGCUCAACUACGAGAGCCUCAACGACGCCCUAUCCAAGCUCAAUGGGGAUUGGCUGGCGCCAAGGGGUAGGCGGGCCAACGGGGACCAAUCAGGGAAGCCGGUGGCUCGGAGUAAGACCCUCCCCCCUCAGGUGCCCCCCCGCACCUACGUACCUAUCCAUAAGAGCAACAAGAACCAGCGCAGAGUGUCGGCCGACCCGGUAACUACUCACCCUAUGACAGAUUCAUUACGUGACUUUGCAUGACAUAGCAUUAAUUCACAUCUAGCGUUGUUACCUCACACCCUCAUUCCAUGUUUCCAUAGUCAAACCUAGACACAAAUAAACAAUCCUUGUAAUGUCUAGGCUUGUCUCCAGCUUACUCCAGUCAAGUCAGUCUAUUCCAACGCAGUCCAGCUGUGUUUCGUUUCGUUGAGUUCCUUGACUGAAUGCUCUGUUACAUUCAGUUCUGUGCUGAUCCUUCUUGUGUCUUUGUGUGUGAUUGGCAGGUGUCUCUGGGCCCCAGGCUCAAUGGUUUUGGCUAUGAGCUCUUCCAGGUGUCAGAGGAGAGAGAUGAGGAGGUGGCCGCCUUCUGUCACAUGCUCGACGUGUAAGUGUACGGCCCAAUCCCAAAUCAACCCCUAAGCCAAACACCCUAUGCACUUGUGGAGAUCUGAGAGGUUUAGGGGUUGAUUUGUGAUUGGGCCCAAAUGUUACCCUCUCACCCUCAGUCAGGCUGUUUAGAACCAUUCCUGUGCUGUGGUUUUGUUGUGGUUGUAUUGUGGUCAGGCUGACUAUAAGCAGUUAUAACCAUAACUGUGUGUUGUGGUCAAUUCACGGUCAGCUAUGUAUUAACUUUUAAUAACCAUCGCUGUGUGGUGGUUGUGUUGUUUUCAGGUUGCGGUCGGCGUAUCCAAGCAGCGACCGCUCUAAGAACUCUGGGUUUGUGUGGUCGCCUUCAGUGGGGCCUGAAGAGCUGCAACAGGGGUUAGGGGUCAGCGUCAAAGUUACUGUCAUCAGCGACCACGUCAGAGAACCACUCACCUUCACCUGUGAUGGUAAGACACGCACGCUCGCACUCUCUCUCACUCACACACACACACACUCACACACCCCGCAGGUUCAUUAGGGGCGGCAGGUAGCUUAGUGGUUAAGAGCGUUGUGCCAGUAACCGAAAGUUCGCCAAGCCGACUAGGUGAAAAAUCUGUCGAUGUGCCCUUGAGCAAGGCACUUAACCCUAAUUGCUCCUGUAAGUCGCUCUGGAUAAGAGCGUCUGCUAAAUGACUAAAAUGUAAAAUGUAAUUAGCACAGAGAUCACUCACCCUUAUUUUCAAACACACAUCCUCAGCGAAUGUCAUGUCUGCUUCACUCAGUCCUAUCCUGGCCACUGUGGUUUUCCAAUGGGAAUGUUUUGUACAGUAUCAGGAAUAAGGGAAAGCAUGUGGUUGGAGUUUCCUUAAUGAAUUACACUGACCGGAUCCCAGCCAACCAACUGUCUCAUCUGGCCUCUCAAUAAAACAUGACUGACUCUCAUUCAUCUGUCUAAGAGAAAGGGGAAAAAGAGGGGGAGUUGAAGAGAGGGAGAUUUAAGGGAAGGGGGAGGAGAGAACGCUUUGGAAACAUCACUGUUCAUGCCAUGAAGGUCUCCUCUCUUUCUGCCCAUCUUUCUCGCUCUCUGUUUCUCUCUCUACCUCACCCUCUCUCCCUUAGUGUGUGUGAGACUAUGCUGUGGGUACAGUCAGGGCAGGUCAUGACUCAUAAUGGCGGCAGAGAGUAUGUUUGCUCUCACUCAGAGAGAUCGAACUGGCCAAGUAAACAGUCAGAGAUGUGAGGUAUCUCUCUCUCUCUCUCUCUCUCUCUCUCUGUCUCUCUCUCUCUCUCUCUGUCUCUGUCUCAAAGUGGUUGUUUCCCUCGUAUUCAUUCUGUAAGAUUAUUUGAGAAAAACUACAGCAAUCAACAACACAGCAGUCAGUCAGUCUGAAUCCUUUCUUCCAGUACAUCUGUCCCUGUGGCUGAUCACUCUUCCUGUCAAUAGAAUAGUUGGGUCGGUGUACACUGACUCAGGCCAGAGAGGUUGAAUCAAAGAACACCCACACACUCUCCACCUAUCUCUCUAUCACUGUACUCUUCGGUCUACACACUCUCUCUUUCUCUGUUUGUGUUACUGUAAUGUACUGUCAUUUAAGUUUUAUUCCCUACAUCUCUCUCUCGCUCGAAGGGUCAUCCACGGUAGACUUGUUGAUCUACCAGACGUUGUGUUAUGCUAAUGAAGACCUGGACCACAUCGAUGUCGACCACUACCUGCUCAAAGUCUGCGGUCAAGCUGAGUUCCUAGAAAAGUAAGGACAACUUCUCUUGUCCCUUUCUCACCUCAACUUCUUCUCCCUCUCUCCUCUGUAUCCCCACUCCUCUCGCCCAUCUGUCUACAAUAUGUGUGAUUACUGGAAGAGGCAGUUGGGAUUUGGCUUUUGAGUGUUUUUAAAGGGAUACUUCGGGAUUUUGGCAAUGAGGCCCUUUAUCAAGUCCAAUGUACUCGUGGAUACCACUUUUAUUAGCAUGGGCUCGUGAAACUACCUCUAACUUCCUUCAUAAUGAACACAGAGACAUAGAAAUGGUAUCCACGAGUUCAUCUGUCUCUGGGGAAGUAGAUAAAGGGCCUCAUUGCCAAAAUUCCGACAUAUCCCUUUAAGUUCCUUCACUGAUGGAUGAGCUCCACACGUACACAUGCCCUGUCAGUCCACACUCUGUUGGCAUCGUUACACUAUGCUCCUUCCCCUCUUUCUCUCCUCUCACGCCGUCCCUCUCUUUCCCUUCUUCCCUGCCCAUCCCCCUCUCUCUCCGGGCUCCAUGCCCACCCCAUUGUGGAUGGGUGCCAGGGGGCAGUCUGCCCAGUAGAGCUCACCCUGGCUGGGCUGCGGCAGAGAUGGUGCCCCUCUGUCCCCCGCUCCUCCAUGGAACAGGCCAAGCACAGGGUGGAAUGAGUAGAGGAGAGCCAACUAAUCAUAACACAUCACCAGCCAUGUUAGUUGGGCCCAGAGGGUGGGACUGCGAUGUAGAGAGCACAUGCACACACACACACACACACACACACACACACACAUGCAUGUGAAUACACAAACAGCUGUUCUGUAAGGCCGAGAGCCAGAUAAAUUCCCCUCAGAUAAACUGAGGAGACCCUUGGCUUUACACUCAUAAUCUCAGCCCUAUGUUUCUGUGUGUGUGUGUUUUUGGUUUUACUAUCCUUGUGGGGACAUUUUGCCAGUCCCCACAAGGAAAAAGGUUAUUUUAGGCUUAGGGGUUAGGGUUAGGGUUACAAUUAGGGUUAGGGUUACAAUUAGGGGUUAGGUUAAGGGUUAGGGAUUAGGAAAAAUAGGAUUUUGAAUGGGAAUCAAUUGUUUGGUCCCUACAAGGAUAGUAAAACAAACGUGUGUGUGUGAGAGGCCCAGGCUAUAGGAAUGUGUUUAGGCUUUAUUGAGAUUGACAGGGCAGUGCGUUGGGGGUAGACUGAGGGAGAGAGAGAGCUGGAGUGUGUGUGUGGUUUGUGGUCCAGAUAUACACACUCAUAUAACUGAAGGCCUCAAUUAUGGCCGUUUUGAACAAGCUCUGCUGAUGUCUGAGGGUCAACCUAAACCUCAGGGGAUUUCCCCACCCAGUAAAAACAGUCUCUUCUAUACACACACACACACACUCACACACCACACGCACCCUGACACACACACACUCCCUCCCACUCCUCUCUAAAGUCUUCCUCUAAAGAGAAACAACCAGCUAUUGUUUAAAUGUGUUUUACAGCAAGCUCCAUUCCGGUCCAGUGCAGCUGAGCAUAUGUGUGUGUGUGUGUGCGUGUAUGUCUGUCUUUCCAUUUGUUUUUAUUUUCCUUGUGGUAAGGGUAGGUAACAACACAUCUGCCACGCUGAUCCUCAACAUAGGGGCCCCUCAGGGGUGCGUGCUUAGUCCCCUCCUGUACUUCCUGUUCACCCAUGACUGCAUGGCCAGGCACAACUCCAACACCAUCAUUAAGUUUGCCGACGACACAACAGUGGUAGGGCUGAUCACCGACAACGAUGAGACAGCCUAUAGGGAGGAGGUCAGAGACCUGGCCGUGUGGUGCCAGGAUAACAACCUCUCCCUCAACGUGAUCAAGACAAAGGAGAUGAUUGUGGACUACAGGGGAAAAAAAGAGGACUGAGCACGCCCCCAUUCUCAUCGACGGGGCUGUAGUGGAACAGGUUGAGAGCUUCAAGUUCCUUGGUGUCCACAUCACCAACAAACUAUCAUGGUCCAAACACACCAAGACAGUCGUGAAGAGGGCACGACAAAGCCUAUUCCCCCUCAGGAGACUGAAAAGAUUUGGCAUGGGACCUCAGAUCCUCAAAAAGUUAUACAGCUGCACCAUCGAGAGCAUCCUAACUGGUUGCAUCACCGCCUGGUAUGGCAACUAGUCGGCCUCUGACCGCAAGGCACCGCAAGGCACUACAGGGGGUAGUGCGUAUGGCCCAGUACAUCACUGGGGCCAAGCUUCCUGCCAUCCAGGACCUGUAUACCAGGCGGUGUCAGAGGAAGGCCCUAAAAAUUGUCAAAGACUCCAGCCACCCUAGUCAUAGACUGUUCUCUCUGCUACCGCACGGCAAGCAGUACCGGAGCGCCAAGUCUAGGUCCAACAGGCUUCUCAACAGCUUCUACCCCUAAGCCAUAAGACUCCUGAACAGCUAAUCAUGGCUACCUGGACUAUUUGCACUGCCCCCCCCCCCCCCCACCCCAUCCCCCUCUUUUACGCUGCUGCAACUCUGUUUAUUAUUUAUGCAUAGUCACUUUAACUCUACCCACAUGUACAUAUUACCUCAAUUACCUCGACUAGCCGGUGCCCUCACACAUUGACUCUGUACCGGUACCCCCUGUAUAUAGCCUCCCUACUGUUCUUUUAUUUUAAUGCUGCGCUUUAGUUAUUUGCUUUUAUUUUUUUACUUAACUCUUUUUUUAUUUUACUUUUUAUUUAAAAAAACUGCAUUGUUGUUUAAGGGCUUGUAAGUAAGCAUUUCACUGUAAUGUCUACACCUGUUGUAUUCGGCACAUGUAGCAAAUAAAAUGUGAUUUGAAUUGAUCAUGUAAGUGUGUGUGUGUGUGCGCGUGCAGGGACAUGGCUGAGCAGCAGCAGGAAGUGUGUUUCCCCUGAUAACCUGCAGCUGGAAAAAUAGGUUAGGACUUCCUCUGGGUGAGGUUUUUUUAAACCCGGUUUCAUUCCGGGGGCUGACAGAGCGAGACCGGAAGGGGGGGGAGAAUCACACCCCUUUUUUUGAAAAUUUAGACCAGACCCUGCUUCACUUUUUCCUUGUAAGCCCCCCUUAAGUUCAAAAAAAUUUUUUAAUUUGGGAAAGGGGCCCCAGGAAAACUAUCUUAAUUUUAUCCAUCUCACAUAGCGGGGGGGUUUAAGGGGCCCCCCCUUUUUUUUUUUCCCCCCCCCCCGGGGCCCCCCCCCCCCCCCCCGGGGGGGUUUUCCCUUUCCCCCCCCCCCCCAAAAAAAAAAAACCCCCCCCCCCCCCCCCCCCCCAAAAAAAAAAAACCCCCCCCCCCCCCCCCCCCCCCCCCCCCCCCCUUUUUUUUUCUCUCUCUCCUUCUUUUCUCUCUCUUCCCUCUCUCCCCCCCCCCCCGUCUCUCUCUUCUCUCUCCCUCUCUCUCUCUCUUCUCUCUCUCCUCUCUCUUCCCCUUUUUCCCAGACGUUGGCAGAGUUGGAGUAUAUCCAGCUGUGUCUGAAGUUUGACUGGGACAUCCGUCUCUUCCUUACCAAGAGAGGCUCUGUCAACACAGAACUGGGUCGCACGGUGUGCACACGCAUGCACACACACACAGCACACAGGCACACAACACGCUUGCACACGACACACAGACAAUCGUACACACACACUCAUUGUGUCGUUAUGUUGUGAUUGACAGGAAGAUGAUGAUGACACGGCCUCUACGAUGAACCACGGCAUCCUGCUGCAGGAACGACCAAUCAGACAGACCGUUACUAGGUGAGGGGGAGGGGCCUAGAUCUCACACACCACUAAUUACAUUAAAAAGCAAUUAAAGGCCUUAAGCUGGGACUUUGAUAUCCUUGAUAGUAGCUAGGUUUCCAUCCAAUUGGCGACAGAUUUUCAUGCGAAUAUUCUAAAAUCCGCUAAAUGUGCAUUUUCCCACCAGAAAUGUCUUUCCAUCAAAUUGACUUGUUGCGAAUAAAAGGAUGUGCAUGAUGAUGUAAUGCACAUAAAAAUAACAUUUUAAUGGGAGAACCACACGUCAUAGCGUGACUCCAAGCUUUCUUCGAUGUGAUGGUUAUUAUAUCAAUAUUUGCGCAUAUUAAGGGGUUUCCAGCGCCAUUUCUUUGCCUAAUAAAUAUUUUACAGACACAAAAAGAUCCCACCUUGUCUAGCGUAUUUAGUUUUGUCGACAUUUGGAACGUUUUUACCAACAAAUUUGCUGUUUCCAUCAGGCCUGUCAUGAAAAACAAAUUCCGACAUGCACUCUACUCGCAUACAAAGGUUGGAUAGAAACGUGGUAAGUGUUGUUGAUAUUUACUUGUGUUUGAACAGAGAGGCUUUGACUCUGCUCCUGGAUACGUUUCACAACGAGGCUGAGUCCUUUCUACUAUCAGAGGUAACCUACUACACACACGCACGUAAAUACACAAGCAGGCACAGACACACACAAACGCACAUGCACGUACACACACACACACUGUCACACACACACACGAACGAAAGCAAACAUGUUUGGCUCUUAUUUUGAAAAUGUAUGUGUAAGGUUGAAAUCACUCUGUUCUCCCUCCCCCCUCUGAAGGUGGAGCUUGUGUUGCAUGUGGAACGGUUGGUCCAAUCAGUGAAGGCUCUCUGCAGCUCACUGGCUGCCGUGGAAACGCCUGACAUCACUUCUGCCCUCAACCAGCUCCCAGCAUGCCCCUGUCGUCUGCAGCCUAGAGUCCAGAAGGUAAACACACACACACACAUACUGCCACAUUUCAGAUAGAAAUUACCUUUAGACACAGAUCUAAUUUAACCUUUAGACACAGAGAGUUAAAAAAACUAAACUGAGCUUAGAUCAGGCAUAACUUCAUUACCCAUACAGUAUACUGUACUCCUGUAACUCCAGAACCAAGGUUAGUCAAUUUGUUGAAUGCAUUCUGUAACUGUGUGUGUGUCUCUUCACAGGAUCCAUCAGUGCUGGCCAUCAAAGAGAACAGAGGUAGGUUCUUCAUGUCUUACUGUGCUACAACACAGAAUAACACACAGACAGAUACUGUAGGGUAGGGGAUGAUAGACAGGACAGACAGAGGGGAAGGGGAGAAAGAAGACAGAGAGAGGAUGGGAAAGAGAAGAGGAAGGGGGAGGAAAGAAGAGGAGAGAUGAUAUGAUACUGUAGAUGGAGGGGAGGGUCGCCGGGUUAUAUGCUCGUGGGAUGAUGGUCAGGUCUGUACAGUAGUGUAACAGAAUUAAAGGGAUAGUUCACCCAAAUUACAAAAUGACACAUUGGUUUCCUUACCCUGUAAGCAGUCUAUGGACAAGGUAUGACAGCAAUCCAUGCUUCGGUUAAGUUUCAUUGGCACUGUUUGCACAUGCUAAUGUUGUAAGUCAUGGGACCGAUAUUAGCAUUUCUCAUGUCCAAAUAACCCGAAAGUAUCUAAAAUUGAUUGUGAAGCUCAACAAAUUCCCUUCUAGAUGUUUUGAACAUGAUGCUUGAAAAAUGAUAAUAUCGGUUCCUUGACUUGAAUGGGAUUUGUGCCACGAAUUCUAAAACGUUAGCAUGUGGAAACAGUGCCAGGGAAACUAAACCAAAGCAUGGAUGGCUGUCAUACCUUGUCCAUACACUGAUUAUAGGGUAAGGAAACCAAUAUGUCAUUUAGUAAUUUGGGUGAACUAUCCCUUUAAGAUCGUACCUUAAGCUCACUCCACACCUUGAAAUGUCUCCACUCGGGUCACCGAAUUACUAGCUUUUCAGCAGCGCAAGCACUUUGUCAAGCGGGCGGUCAGGUGUGUUUGCGUGGCAUAGGAACCUGGUUCGAGCCAUUGUACGGACAGUGUACCCAGAUGGGGAGGAAGCUACACUGCUAAGCAGGCACACUGGUCUGUCACAGUAGCACUACCUCAUGUCAGAGCGGAAGUGUCCUUGACUUGCUGUGAUGUACGCCACGGAUGUCCCUCUUUACCGAUGUCUCUGGCUGGGUCCCAAAUGGCACCCCAUGUCCUUUAUAUUGCACUACAGAGCAGGGCCCAUUGUGCUCUGGUCAAAAGUAAUGCACUAUAUAGGGAAUAGGGUGCCAUUUGAGACAUAUCCCCUACCUCCCCCAGCUAUACUCAGACAAACAGGAAGGAUGGCUAACUUCAUACAGGAUACACAGAUACACUAACCACUUCCUCCAUCCAUCCGCAUCUCUAUCCGUCUGUCUGCCCUUAUAAAGAAAGGGAUAACAUUUCCGAGAGGUUGGAUGUUGUUUUCCCUAUAGGGCUGAGCUGCUCCACUGGAUGUAUGAAGAGACACAUGUAAAUAGUGGAGCCCAGCCAAUUGAGCCGUGUUGACAUGUCUGUAUCCCAAAUGGCAUCCUACUCCGUACACAGUGCACUACUUUUGAGCAGGGCCCAUAUUCCCUACAUAGUGCACUACUUUUGACCAGAGCCCUAUGAAUGAUGGAAUGAUGACAGGAACUAAUGUUUGACUCUCUGGUAGUGUACAAACACAAGGUUAUGAAGAGGUUAAACACACACUGUAUGAGAGUUCAAAGGGUCAGUGUAGGAGUAAUGAGCUCACAAUGAUUAGCAGUAAGGUGAUAAGAUGGCAAACUCUUAGAGCAUGGACUUAGUGUGGUGUUGGUUUUGUGUAUUGCUCUGACUCUACUCGUGGAUAACGAGUAAUACUGACAGACAGCUGUUGUGAAUCAGGAGAGUUCUUUAGCACUGGAUCUUUAAAACAUGCUAAAUUCUGCACAUGGAUUGUUACUAACAUUUAUUAUUUAAGGUUUUACUUUUAAAGCUUGUGUUAAGUUGUUGUUUAGCCCUCUUUAAUUGAAUGCACUUAGAGAGUAUCUGCUAAAUGAAGGCUAUGUGAAUCUAAAUGGUUUACUUCCACCUUGCAGAGAAAGUGGUGGAGAAGCUGACGGCAGCCAUUUUGGAUCUGGUGGAGCUGUACUGUAGCACGUUCAACGCUAACUUCCACACCACGGUGCAGAGCAACCGGCACACGGCGCCCACACAGGAAGCAGGCCUGGUCACCAACGUCCUGUCCUUCAGCGUCUACGCUGCUCAUCGCAUCCCCAUCACAUGGGCUGCCAGGUAACAUACAUAAACUCAGGCACGCACAUACGCACGUAACCACACACACACACACCAGUAAUAUAAAGUACUUAAGUACACAUAUUUUAAAGUACUACUGAAGUUGUUUUUGUGGGUAUCUGUACUUUACUAUUAAUAUUUGUGACUACUUUUACUUCAAUACAUUCCUAAAGAAAAUAAUGUACUUUUUACUCCAUACAUUUUCCCUGACACCCAAAAGUACUCGUUACAUUUUGAAUGCUUAGCAGGACAGGAAAAUGGUCCAUUCACACACUUAUCAAGAGGACAUCCUUGGUGGCCUCCCGAGUGGCGCAGCGGUCUAAGGCACUGCAUCGCCGUGCUUGAGGCGUCACUACAGACCCAGGUUCGAUCCUGGGUCUGUAGUCACAACUGCCGGUGACCGGGAGUCCCAUAGGGCGGUGCACAAUUGGCCCAGCGUUGUCCGGGUUAGGGGAGGGUUUGGCCGGGGGGGCAUUACUUGGCUCAUCGCACUCUAGCGACUCCUUGUGGUGGGCCGGGCACCUGCAGGCUGACUUCGGUCGUCAGUUGAACGGUGUUUCCUCCGACACAUUGUUGCAGCUGGCUUCCGGGUUAAGCUGGCAGGUGUUAUGGUGGGUCAUAUUUCAGAGGACGCAUGACUCGACCUUCGCCUCUCCCAUCGGGUUUGCUUAAUAUAAGGAAUUUGAAAUGAUUUAUACUUUUACUUUUACUUUUGAUACUGAAGUAUAUUUUAGCAACUACAUUUACUUUUAAUACUUAAGUGUAUUUAAAUACUUUUAGACAUUUACUUAAGUAGUAUUUUACUCUGUGACUUUUACUUCAAUAAUUUUCUAUUAAGGUAUCUUUACUUUUACUCAAGUAUGACAAUUGUGUACUUUUUCCACCACUGACACACACACACACAGAGGGCCAGCUGUUCAGGCUGGAUUUCCCCAGUAUAAUCCAUGAGGAUUACAUGGUGUUAUGGAGCAUAGCAGCAUACACAGAGAAUCCUGAGAAACAGCCUCAUCUGCCCCCCCUUUUCCUCCCCCUCCCCUUUACCCUUCUCCCCAUUUUCACUUCCCUAUCCUCACUUCCCUCCCCUACUCCGUUUUCCCUCCUUUUUCCCAUGCCAUCACUCCCUCUAUAUUGGCCUGAGUGUAUGCAGCUCAGCCCUCCCCCUGAAUCUCCAUUCAUAUGUCUUCUCUCAGUAACGGCUCUUUCCUCCCCUCUCUUCUCCCCUGGCACAGCUCCAUAACCAGGGCCAGAUGCACUGCGAUCUCACCAUUCCCAUACAUUCUAUCCCAUGCAUUCUAUAUACUUGUCCUACCCAUUCCCCCAUCUUCACCCUACAGCCUUAUUGCCUCUACCACUCUCUCUACCCCUACACUUUCCCCUGUUCCCACUGCUGUGUAUUGGAAUGGCCCUCCCACUCCCUCACCCCCUUCCAAUCAUGUGAAUGGUCCAGUGCUCCACCCCCCAGUUGGCUGGCUCCUUUGUCUCCCCUGAAACUUAUGCUGGCACGUGAUUGGUUCCUGACAAAGGGUGAUUGACAGCCUGGGAACUCUGCCUGACCUCUGACCCGAGGGGUGGGGCCGAGCGCUGACUGGUUGCUAGGCACCUGUCCGGCGGUGUGUGUGUGUGUGUGUGUGUGUGUGUGUGUGUGUGUGUGUGUGUGUGUGUGUAAGAAAGACACUGAAGGUGUGUGCAGGAAAAACAGAUAAAUUGAUACCAAAAUAUCUGAUGAUCUCCCACACGAGGUUGAUAUCAUCUGCAUUGAGAUGAUUUUCAGAUAGGGAUUUAACUAGCAAUAGCACUAUUUUACUGUAAGACAAAUAACAUGGUAACAUUAUUACCCAAUGUUGUUACCCUUUAAUUACUAUUCAGUCUGUUGGGGAUUAAUUGAAAUAAGUACAUCAAAAUAAUAAUCAGUCUGAACAUCUCAACGUUAGUUUGGAGUUGACAGCUUUUUUUUUAAAAUUACCAUUCUAGCCUAUGGCCCUUUUGUGCCAUUGAAAUGCAUUGGUAUCCAUAGCAAUGGCUCCAUUUGGGCUGUUCAAUGACAAGACCUGAGAGAGCUGGAAGCUGGCAUUAGCUAUCUACUUUUCGUCAGUCUGAACACCGACAAACAGCUGUAACUUGAUUGGUAGCAGAUAAUUCUGUUCUGGUUCUAGAUUUGAAUAGCAGAGAAGUAGACCAAGAUGUCAUACCCUCUAAAUUAUUGUCUAACUUGUUGGGAAAGUGGUCAAAGUAGCUGAUUUGUGUAAAAAAUGGCAUUGUUGCAUUCACAGUGAAUGGAAUAUUGGAAGUCAUGAUGUCACAAUGGAAGCUUUAGUAUGUUGAAGAAAUCCCAUGAAAGUGGAUGAAGUUUAAUAAGUUUAAUAAAAGUUUUAUAGUUUAAAAAGUGUAUAUAGUAACAAAAAGUUGUAUGCAAGCACACUAUUCAAAUCAAAUCAAAUCAAAUGUUAUUGGCCAUAUGCGCCGAAUACAACAGGUGCAGACAUUACAGUGAAAUGCUUACUUACAGCCCUUAACCAACAGUGCAUUUAUUUUUAAUAAAAAAGUACAAUAAAACAACAACAAAAAAGUGUUGAGAAAAAAAGAGCAGAAGUAAAAUAAAAUAACAGUAGGGAGGCUAUAUAUACAGGGGGGUACCGGUGCAGAGUCAAUGUGUGGGGGCACCGGCUAGUUGAGGUAGUUGAAGUAAUAUGUACAUGUGGGUAGAGUUAAAGUGACUAUGCAUAAAUAAUUAACAGAGUAGCAGCAGCGUAAAAAGAUGGGGUGGGGGUGGGGGGGCAGUGCAAAUAGUCCGGUUAGCCAUGAUUAGCUGUUCAGGAGUCUUAUGGCUUGGGGGUAGAAGCUGUUGAGAAGUCUUUUGGACCUAGACUUGGACUUAGACUUGGACUUAGACUUGGCACUCCAGAUCAGCCUGCAGGUUUUUAAGUUAGCUUAAACGGUGUAAGAGGAGUAGCGUUGUAAAGAAUAAUAACCUAUAAGUCAGAAAUAAGUGGUACAGUAUUUAAAGUGUGGCUGCUUUCGCAAGCCACACUAAUAAUGUAGUAAUAUACAGUACCAAUCAAAAGUUUGGACACACCUACUCAUUCAAAGGAUUUUCCGUAUUUGUACUAUUUUCUACAUUGUAUAAUAAUGGUGAAGACAUAAAAACUAUGAAAUAACACAUAUGGAAUCAUGUAGUAACCAAAAAAGUGAUAAACAAAUCAAAAUAUAUUUUAUAUUUGAGAUUCUUCAAAUAGCCACUCUUUGCCUUGAUGACAGCUUUGCACACUCUUGGCAUUCUCUCAACCAGGAAUGUGUAUUAAAUAUCACAGUUCCCCAACUGGCGGCCCGCGGGACAAAUUUGGCCCGCGGGUGGUUUUAUUUGGCCCCCCAUGUUUUCAUUGUUGGACAUAAACAUUUAAAAAAACACCAAGAAAUCAGCUCCAAGUGAUUUUAUUUUGGGAAAUCUGUUCCCAAGUAUUUCCACAUAUAAUAGAGAGAUGUGAUCAUAUACAAAUGUAAGCAAGGUUUGAAAUUAUUAUGUUUUAGUCAAAUAUUAUAUAUGUUUGUAAUUAUGUUCCGGCCCCCCGACCAUCCGCUCAAGAAAAAAUCAGCCCGCGCCUGAAUCUUGUUGAUGAACCCUGUAAUAUAUGAAAUAUGUCUCAUAUACACUGAGUGUACAAAAUAUUAAGAACACCUUCCUAAUAUUAAGUUGCACUCCCACUUUUGCUCUCAGAACAGCCUCAAUUUGUCGGCGCAUGGACAAGGUGUCAAAAGCGUUCCACAGGGAUGCUGGCCCAUGUUGACUCCAAUGUUUCCCACAGUUGUGUCAAGUCGGCUGGAUGUCCUUUGGGUGGUGGACCAUUCUUGAUACACACGGGAAACUGUUAAGUGUGAAAAACCCAACAGCGUUGCAGUUCUUGACACAAACCGGUGCUCUUGGCACCUACUACCAUACCCUGUUCAAAGGCACUUCAAUAUUUUGCCUUGCCCAUUCACCCUCUGAAUGGCACACAUACACAAAUAAAUAUUUAACCUGUCUCCUCCCCUUCAUCUACACUGAUUGAAGUGGAUUUAACAAGUGACAUCAAUAAGGGAUCAUAGCUUUCACCUGGAUUCACCUGGUCAGUCUGCCAUGGAAAGAGCAUAAUGUUCAUAAUGUUUUGUACACUCAGUGUAUACUCUAACAUACACUGAUACACACUACACAACUGACACAUACUCACAAGAGAACUCUGUUCAUUUCCCACAGUCAGAAGACACUGAUUGAAUUGAACACAGUCCCAUGAAGAAGUCUUGUCUUGUUUGUUUUGCAUCAUUUUACAUGACUCCAACUUGGUCCUCAGUUACUUGUAAUUAUAGCAUUUACAUACAUAGGCCAAUGGGGUUUCAUAAUGACUAUCAUCUCCUCUGAUCUCCUCUUCCUCUUCCUGUUAGCUACGAGGGCUUCUUCCUGUCAUGCUCGCUGACCCAUGGAGGGGCGGAGCUUUGUGCCCCGCAGCACACCAGCAAACAGCAGGUCAGCAAGUACCUGUUUCACCUGGUGGUCUGGGACCAGAGGUAUGUACCCAAACACAGCCUGUUACCACGGGCCUUAUAGACAUUUUAACCAAUCACAGCCAGGUACCUCAACCAACCUCACAGCCUAUUACAACAGACCUUAUAGACACCUCAACCAAUCUCACAGAGAUGUUCACCAAUCAGAAUCCAUCUAUCUAUUACUUGUUGCUUAGGAUUUAUUAGUAAUAAUGAUAUUUGCUAUCCACCCACAACAUGUAUUAAUUACAUACAAAGUGCACACUUCCAGAAGCAGGUUAGUGUUCCAUCCAUCACACUCUACUACCAGGUGUUCCAUUUGUUCACUGUUUUCAGUUCUCAUUAGGACUAACCUACUUUCCCCCAUAUGUGUCAACUGGAAAGAGCCAUUGGUCGUGUGUGUGUGUGUGGUGUGUGUGCUUAUUGAAGCAGAUGUAAACUGUUUACAGUAUGUUUUUAUUUGUGGGUUGUAACUAAUCUCCUUUAAAAUAGAUGUGAAGGUAGCUGUGCAGCAGCAUCCUGGGGCUAUUUUCUGAUCUCUCCACCUCUACCUCAUGUCCUUAAAGCAUUGUCCUGGGGCUAUUUUUGAAGACACUAUUGCUGGGAUCUUUUUUUUGCAUCUAUUGUAAGGAUAUUUUGAAUCCUCUGGUAUCUGGGUGGAUUUAGUGUCCUGGUGGAUUAUCAACCCUGAGUAGACCUAGUGGUGCUGAAACCUCCAGAUAUGACAACAGCAGUGCAAAACCUUCACUCUAAAACACCACUUCCUGAGAAGAUUGCUUGACAGUGUCCAGCUUGUUGGAGCUACUUGAGAUAAGAUGGAAUAAACACGAAUAGGCCAUGUUUAGGGUUGCAAAAUUCCGGGAACUUUCAAUAAGUUCCCUGGUUUUCCCCAAAUCCAACCAGGAUUUCUGGAAAACCAGGGAAUGUAUUAAAAGUUUGUGGAAUUUUGCAACCCUAUCCAUAUUUAAUUCUGUCCGGAGUGCUUUGGACAGGGAGUGCAGCGAGCUACAUCUUUGUAAGGUAGCCUUCCUCAAACAGCACUUGGUUUGUUGGUUGUAUAAAAGUCCUGAAAGUAAACUGUUUGGCUGGACAUCUUAUCUUGAGAGGCUUUUAUGAGGCACCCGUCCAUACUGUAGCCUACAGUCUGGCCGCAUAACUGAACAUGUUUUCUUAGUUAGCGAAGCAUGCUAACAGAGCCCCCAAUGGCAAUGGUGUGUGUUUAUAACGUUGCUAUUUUUUGUUAGCCCGAUGCUAGCUCCUUUCAUGCUAACUAGUCUUUUGUGGAUGACACAGGGCUAAAUAUAAUAGAUAUAUAAUUUACUGUUUACCAACAGUUACAGUGCCACUCCCAGACUACUCUCUUGUAGGAAAAUGUGUAUUUACUUUAUACUGCAUUUCACAAGGACUCAAGUACAACUCUCUCUCUCUCUCAACCCCCCACCCUCUUUCCUUUUCUAUUCCUCUCUGCCCCUUAUAUCCUUCUUUACCCUCUUCCUCUCCCAUUGCAUCUCUCCCUUCUUCCUCCCUCCCCCUGUCCCUCUCUCCCCCCCAGGGUGUGUUUCCCAGUGCAGAUUAACCAGUUGCCAAGGGAGACCCAGCUGACGGUGACUCUAUAUGCCAGCGCUCUGCCACCCCCUGGAGGUGCGGAGGAGAAGGGCAGCAAGCAACGGCGGAGCAUCGACUCCCUGGGCUGGGUCACCAUGCCCCUCUUCAACUUCAGACAGUGAGUAGCAGUUCAGGAGGCUCUGUAUGUCUGUGUGUGCGUGUCGGUGUGAUGACUGUCAUUCUGUGUGUCCCCCAGCAUCCUGACGUGUGGGAGGAAGCUACUUGGUCUGUGGCCUUCCACCCCAGGAAGUAACGCUCGCUCCAGCUCCCCAAACUUCAGCCAGCCUGACAGCGUCAUCCUGCAGGUAACUGGCCUAUUCGUACACACGCUACACACACACGCUCACACACACACUCACUCACUCACUCACUCACUCACUCACUCACUCACUCACUCACUCACUCACUCACACACACACACACGCUCACACACAUUCACAUUCACACACACACACGCUCACACACAUUCACAUUCACACACACACACACACACGCAGUCACACACGCUCACACACACACACAUCGCUCACAGAUACACACGCUCACACAUACACACGCUCACACACACACACACACACACACACACACACACACACACACACACAGUCACACACCCUCACACAUACACAUGCACACACACGCUCACCCACAGAAAGGCAUACACACCUUUUCUCCUCCUCUUCCUUCCUUCCUCUCUUUCUCUUAUCUGCGUCAGUUUGUUUUUCAAGGUGUAGUUCCCUAUUUAUUUCCUAUUGUACUCCCAAUCUCUUUCUUCUUCCUCUUCCUCUGCUCUCCUAUCCCUCUCUCUUUCUCUCUCUCCACUCUGCUCUCUGUCCCUCUCUUUCUCUCUCCCUCUUUUAUAGUUUACUGUACUGUAUGGGGACUUAGAGAGGUUUUAGACUGACCUGCUGGAAUAAAACAUCUAUCUUAGCUCCUGGUCCAAACAGCAAUCUAUAAAAGACAUGCACACACACAGACACAUUACAGGUACAAUACUAGUCCUCCUGGGUGUGUAAAAUCUGAACGUUUGAUGUCUUUUUGGCCUGUUUUAGAGCUGUGGAGCAGGUAUGAUGUUAAGGGAUUUUCAGGUGAACAAAAGAGAAGAGCAUUCGCGGAUAUAAUCAAUCAUAAAUCAAUCUGGUUUAAUACAAGUUGCAACAGGGAGACACCUCCAGAACAGAAGCAGAGAAAAUGUCUAACUUGGCCUUCGCCGAGAAGGCCCUUAUAUCCUAAUUACACAGCAUCAGGAAAUAAAAACAACUUUGUCAGCUGCUACAGAAUCACACAGUGUUCCACAGAAUACACCAACAAUCUGUCCUUGGUCUUUGGACCUCCAGUUGGCGUCAAUCCCAGUAAACAGAUAUUAGUUUAACAUACAGCGUCGAGUCUAGUGUCUAUCAACCCGCACAUCCAGAACACUGGAGAUCAUGUGUAUUACAGAAAGGGAAAACUCCUAAUCCCUGUCUGCAUGUACCUAUCUACCUCAGUUGAGAAUAAAAAUACUUUUCAAUUCACUUAGAAUUCAUUUGUUGCCAUUCUAGAGUUAUGCAUUUAUUUAGAACUUGUAUUUUUCAGAAACAUAAAAUACUGUCAAAAAUGAGAAAAAUAUAGUGAUAUGAUACAGUAUUUUGACCAUAUCGCCCAUCCCUGUGUAGUACACAUACACACAGAUGUGGACCUUAACGUUCACACAGAAGGACAUGCGCACACACGCGUGCUGCUGCUGCCUGCAGAAGGGACCUGAAAGUAGGUCAGAUAGCUCUGCUCUGGCCAAAACACUCACCCUUCAUAUUACACUCUCUAUACCCUCCCUUUUGACACACAUCCUCUUCUCUCUCUCUGUCACACACACACACACACACACACACACACACACAGUGUUUCCUCUCAGCAGUAUUCUGGUGUAAACCCAGUCCCUCCUGCAGUGCCAACCCAGUGUGUCGCAGUGCCAACUGGCCCGUGGCGCUGGUGCCCAGUGGCUUUUUGUCUCAUUGCAGUGGCCUGUGUUCAAAUGAGAUGUGUGUGUGUGUUGUUGCAAUCAGUCUCCUCAUUAGCGUGCUGACAUCAUUUGAGGCUUCAUUCUUCAUCACUGACUGCAGAACAUGCUUAUGCACAUACACGAACAUCGCAUAAGACACAUCUGGGGUCUGGCGCACAUUAACCUCUCAUGAAUCUUGUAUCUCCUGAGUGGCGCAGUGGUCUAAGGCACUGCAUCGCAGUGCUAACUGUGCCACUAGAUCCUGGUUCGAAUCCAGGCUCUGUCGCAGCCGGCCGCGACCGGGAGACUCAUGGGCGGCGCACAAUUGGCCCAGCGUCGUCCAGUGUAGGGGAGGGAAUGGCCGGCAGGGAUGUAGCUCAGUUGAUAGAGCAUGGCGUUUGCAAUGCCAGGGUUGUGGGUUCGAUUCCCACGGGGGGCCAGUAUAAAAAAAUAAAAAAAUAAUAAUAAUAUGUAUUCACUAACUGUAAGUUGCUCUGGAUAAGAGCGUCUGCUAAAUGACUUAAAUGUAAAUGUAAAUGUAAAUGAACCCGAAUGUAACCCCCUCACACACACUUCUGCACACCGUCUAACAUUUCACGCUAUCUGACUUGUUUUCUCCUUUUUUGUUUUUUUUACAGUCCUCUCUUCUUGAGUUUAUCCAUCUGUCUUUCUUCCUUCCUCCAAAACUCUUUCCCUCAGUGGCCUGCCAUGACUUUCAGUCUCAUGUUGAUCUCUUGGCUUUCCAUCUUUUUUUUUUUCUCUCCUUGGAUGGAUUCCUCACAUCAUUCUGUUCCUCUCCUCUCCCCCAAUCUCUUCCAUCUCUUCAUCCACCAUUACCUUGUCCAUCUGCUCUGUAACAGUCUGGUCAGACGUCUAUUUCUACUCAGCAUACUCAGUGAGCGUCUUUUCCACGUGUUUAUAUCUGGUUUAGAUUCAGCUGUAAGAGUUACAAUGACUUAAAUCAAACCAUAUCAAUAUUUAUUCAUUUGAAGUACAUUUCCCUCAUCACAACACUUCACGAAGAAUCAUAAUGUUGUUGUUAGUGUGACCCCUAACCUCUGACCUCUGACCUUUAGGUGGACUUCCCCACGUCGUCGUUUGAGGUGCGCUUUAGUACCCCCCCUCCCGCAGAGUUCAGUCCCAAGUAUGACUUCUCCAGACUGGACCAGCACAGCCAGAGACAACUGCAGGAUGUACUACACAAGAAAUCACUCUUCUGGUGAGAAUACUACACUCACUCACUCCAUGGAAUGACAGAACAGCUCUGUUAGACUGACAUACAUUAUUACCACAUCAUUAUAACGUCACUGUUACACUGCAUUAGAGAGUAGUGAGAGUUGUCACGUAUCGUAUGUUCUUGUGCUAGUGUUCAAACCCAACAGCUGUAGAAGUUAUUGAGGGGUGUUUAAUAGGUUAGUAGUAGCCUGAUAUCCAGAACCUGUUUUGCUAACAUUCCACUUGAUGUACUCCAGGUCAUGCUAAACAUGGAAAGGAGUGGAAUGAUAUCUCAAACAGAAUGGUAGCCAGGCUAGGUUAGUAGUGGACAGAACAGGAAGACAGACAGGAGAUAUAUGGGCAGUGUGGUGCACUGGAAAUGGUAUUGGGGGGAUGGGUGAUGAGGGAAGAGGGGGUCCAGUUGAUGAGUGAUGUCAUAGCAGCAGCUGGUGGUGAAUCCUCCCCAGAUGAUAUUAUACCCCCCCCCCCCCCCUCCUCUCUCCCCCCUCUAGUCUCCCCAUCCCCCUCUCCUCUCCUCUUUUGUCCCCUGUGUGUGUGUGUGCUGUUCUAUAGUGUGUGUGUGUGUGUGUGUGUGUGUGUGUGUGUGUGUGUGUGAGCGCCAUUUACAAAAGUGAUGAAAAGGUUACUGAAUAUUAAUCAGACCGAUGAUCUGAAUUCCUAAGAGAGGUAGAAAGAAACGUUUGGGGAGCUCCACUGGCCUUCUCUAAGGAGUGUGUCAACAAUGUUUAUCUCAGUCCUCCCUGGAUAUAUAGGAUAUGGUAGGGUGUGUGUCUGUCUUUGUUUGUGUGUGUGUUCUCGUGUGUGUCUAUUCUCCAUAUCUCAGUGUAGUGUUUGGCCCAUUAGUAGUUAUAAUAGUUUAUGAUCAUGUCUCCUGUGUGUUGUGAGAGAGAUAAAUAGAACAGUGUUUAUCUUGGACCAGAGUGAGUUUUGUUGUUUACUUCCAAGCAGGAUACUUUUUCUGGGGCUUUGGAGCCUUUGAAGGAUGGAAGGAAGGGAGAUGUGCUGUUUUCUGUGGUGUGUGUGUUUGAUGUUUUUCAGUCAAUGCAAAUAGUCCGGGUAGCCAUUUGAUUAGCUAUUCAGCAGUCUUAAGACUUGGUGCUCUGGUACCGCUUGCCGUGCGGUAGCAGAGAGAACAGUCUAUGACUAGGGUGGCUGGAGUCUUUGACAACUUUUAGGGCCUUCCUCUGACACCGCCUGUUAUAGAGGUCCUGGAUAGCAGGAAGCUUGGCCCCAGUGAUGUACUGGGCCGUACGCACUACCCUCUGUAGUGCCUUGCGGUCGGAGGCCGAGCAGUUGCCAUACCAGGCAGUGAUGCAACCAGUCAGGAUGCUCUCGAUGGUGCAGCUGUAGAACUUUUUGAGGAUCUGAGGACCCAUGCCAAAUCUUUUCAGUCUCCUGAGGGGGAAUAAGCUUUAUCGUGCCCUCUUCACGACUGUCUUGGUGUGUUUGGACCAUGAUAGUGUGUUGGUGAUGUGGACACCAAGGAACUUGAAGCUCUCAACCUGCUCCACUACAGCCCUGUCGAUGAGAAUGGGGGCGUGCUCGGUCCUUAUUUUCCUGUGGUCCACAAUCAUCCCCUUUGUCUUGAUCACACGGCCAGUUCUCUGACCUCCCUAUAGGCUGUCUCAUCGUUGUCAGUGAUCAGGCCUACCACUGUUGUGUCAUCGGCAAACGUAAUGAUGGUGUUGGAGUCAUGCCUGGCCAUGCAGUCAUGGGUGAAUAGGGAGUACAGGAGGGGACUGAGCACGCACCCCUGAGGGGCCCCAGUGUUGAGGAUCAGCGUGGCAGACGUGUUGUAACCUACCCUUACCACCUGGGGGCGGCCCGUCAGAAAGUCCAGGAUCCAGUUGCAGAGGGAGGUGUUUAUUCCCAGGGUCCUUAGCUUAGUGAUGAGCUUUGAGGGCACUAUGGUGUUGAACGCUGAGCUGUAGUCAAUUAAUAGCAUUCUCACAUAGGUGUUAUUUUUGUCCAGGUGGGAAAGGGCAGUGUGGAGUGCAAUAGAGUUUGCAUCAUCUGUAUCUGUUGGAGUCGGUCUAGGGUUUCUGGGAUAAUGGUGUUGAUGUGAGCCAUGACCAGCCUUUUUCAAAGCACUUCACGGCUACAGACGUGAGUGCUACGGGUCUGUAGUCAUUUAGGCAGGUUACGUUAGUGUUCUUGGGCACAGGGACUAUGGUGGUCUGCUUGAAAUAUGUUGCUAUUACAGACUCAGUCAGGGACAGGUUGAAAAUGUCAGUGAAGGCACUUGCCAGUUGGUCAGCGCAUGCUCUGUGUACACAUCCUGGUAAUCCGUCUGGCCCUGCGGCCUUGUGAAUGUUGACCUGUUUAAAGGUCUUACUCACAUCGUCUACAGAGAGUGUGAUCACACAGUCAUCUGGAACAGCUGAUGCUCUCAUGCAUGCUUCAGUGUUGCUUGCCUCUACACGAGCAUAGAAGUGAUUUAGCUCGUCUGUUAGGCUUGUGUCACUGGGCAGCUCGCGGCUGUGCUUCCCUUCGUUGUCUGUAAUAGUUUGCAAGCCCUGCCACAUCCGACGAGCGUCGGAGACGGUAUAGUACGAUUCAAUCUUAGUCCUGUAUUGACGCUUUGCCUGUUUGAUGGUUCGUCGGAGGGCAUAUCGGGAUUUCUUAUAUGUGUCCUGGUUAGAGUCCCGCUCCUUAAAAGCGGCAGCUCUACCCUUUAGCUCAGUGCGGAUUUUGCCUGUAAUCCAUGACUUCUGGUUGGGUAUGUACAUACGGUCACUGUGGGGAUGACGUCAUCGACGCACUUAUUGAUGAAGCCAGUGACUGAUGUGGUGUACUCCUCAAUGCCAUCAGAAGAAUCCUGGAACAUAUUCCAGUCUGUGCUAGUAAAACAAUCCUGUAGCUUAGCAUCUGCGUCAUCUGACCACUUUUUUAUUAACCGAGUACUGGUGCUUCCUGCUUUAGUUUUUGCUUGUAAGCAGGAAUCAGGAGGAUAUAAUUAUGGUCAGAUUUGCCAAAUGGAGGGUGUGGGAGAGCUGACCAUUAAUGGUCAGGAAAAGUUUAAUAUUACAUGACAACUACCAUCAGAUGAAGAAGAACAGAUAUAUCAGUGUUGACAAAUAAUUAUUUAAAGAACAUUCUCUUAAGGUGCAGUGUUUCCAAACAAGUGUACUGGCUUCAGUGCCAUCCAAUAUCAGGCUCCAAGCACGAAGUAGAUUAGAGGCGCUCAUCCAAUAGCAACAACUGUUGUCCAGCUGGAUCAUCCUAUCCCAACAAUGACACAGUAUAUUCAGCCAAUGGAAACAACCGUACCAACCGUUAACAGCCCUCUGCCAUGUGUGUGUUUGCUAGAGCAGUUAGAGAAACAUGUGUGUUGAUUUAGGCAGAGAUUCAAACAAACAUGGAUUAAUGUGUGUGUGUGUGUGUGUGUGUGUGUGUGUGUGUGUGAUGAGUAUGAAUGUGAUCACUGACCUUUAGUUGUCAGUUGACAUUUUCAGGUAUCUCCACGAGAGACAUCUACUGUUUAUUCUCCCUUCUCCCAGUCAGUUUAUCUUUCUUCCUCUCCCCUCUAUCUACAGUUGAAGUCAGAAGUUUACAUACACCUUAGCCAAAUACAUUUAAACUCAGUUUUUCACAAUUCCUGACAUUUAUUCCUAGUAAAAAUUACCUGUAUUAGGUCAGUUAGGAUCACCACUUUAGUGAAGUGUCAGAAUAAUAGUAGAGAGAAUGAUUUAUUUCAGCUUUUAUUUAUUUCAUCACAUUCCCAGUGGGUCAGAAGUUUACAUACACUCAAUUAGUAUUUGGUAGCAUUGCCUUUACAUUUUUUAACUUGGGUCAAACGUUUUGGGUAGCCUUCCACAAGCUUCCCACAAUAAGUUGGGUGAAUUUUGACCCAUUCCUCCUGAUAGAGCUGGAGUAACUGAGUCAGGUUUGUAGGCCUCCUUGCUCGCACACGCCUUUUCAGUUGUGCCCACACAUUUUCUAUAGGGCUUUGUGAUGGCCACUCCAAUACCUUGACUUUGUUGUCCUUAAGCCAUUUUGCCACAACUUUGGAAGUAUGUUUGGGGUCAUUGUCCAUUUGGAAGACCCAUUUGCGACCAAGCUUUAACUUCUUGACUGAUGUCUUGAGAUGUUGCUUCAAUAUAUCCACAUAAUUUUCCUUCCUCAUGAUGUCAUCUAUUUUGUGAAGUGCACCAGUCCCUCCUGCAGUAAAGCACCCCCACAGCAUGAUGCUGCCACCCCCGUGCUUCACGGUUGGGAUGGUGUUCUUUGGCUUGCAACCCUACCCCUUUUUCCUCCAAACAUAACGAUGGUCAUUAUGGCCGAACAGUUCUAUUUUUGUUUCAUCAGACCAGAUGACAUUUCUCCAAAAAGUACGAUCUUUGUCCCCAUGUGCAGUUGCAAACCGUAGUCUGGCUUUUUAAUGGCGGUUUUGGAGCAGUGGCUUCUUCCUUGCUGAGCGGCCUUUCAGGUUAUGUCGAUAUAGGACUCGUUUUACUGUGGAUAUAGAUAAUUUUGUACCUGUUUCCUCCAGCAUCUUCACAAGGUCAUUUGCUGUUGUUCUGGGAUUGAUUUGCACUUUUCGCACCAAAGUACGGCUGCGUGGUCCCAUGGUGUUUAUACUUGCGUAAUAUUGUUUGUACGGAUGAACGUGGUACCUUCAGGCAUUUGGAAAUUGCUCCCAAGGAUGAACCAGACUUGUGGAGGUCUACAAAAAAAAAAAUCAGAGGUCUUGGCUGAUUUCUUUUGAUUUUCCCAUGAUGUCAAGCAAAGAGGCACUGAGUUUGAAGGUAGGCCUUGAAAUCCAUCCACAGGCACACCUCCAAUUGACUCAAAUGAUGUCAAUUAGCCUAUCAGAAGCUUCUAACGCCAUGACAUCAUUUUCUGGAAUUUUCCAAGCUGUUUAAAGGCACAGUCAACUUAGUGUAUGUAAACUUCUGACCCACUGGAAUUGUGAUACAGUGAAUUAUACGUGAAAUCAUCUGUCUGUAAACAAUUUUUGGAAAAAUUACUUGUGUCAUGCACAAAGUAGAUGUCCUAACCGAGUUGCCAAAACUAUAGUUUGUUAACAUGAAAUUUGUGGAGUAGUUGAAAAACGGGUUUUAAUGACUCCACCCUAAGUGUAUGUAAACUUCCAACUUCAACUGUAUCUCUCCUCUAACCCUCUCUCCUUUACACACACGCUCCGAUCACUCUCUUUCUGUCUUUGUUUCAUGCCCGUUUCAAAUUCAGCUCGAUCGUUUUUUAUUAGUGUAACCACGUUCGAGUGAGUGUGGCCAAAGCAAGGAGAAACAGAGUAAUGCUAUCAUGAAGACAGAACAAAGACAGCAUUGAUAGGUGUUGGCCACAUUUAUACAAGGGUAAUCUAUCUAUUUUUUACAGUGGAGAAUGGCCAUCUAAUGCUGCAGUAAACGACACCUCUUUCUUUUCCUUUCAUUGUGAGAAAGUAUUCCAAGUAUGCAUUAUUUCACUCUCUCUUCCCCUCUCUACCUUUUACCCUCUAUACCGCUCCCCCUCUCCAUAUCCCCCUCUCUUUCUCCCACUCUCAAGCUAAAUAUGCAUGUAAGGUAUUGAUAUUAGCUUAUAUUUCUCCUCGCACUCUCCCCUGUGUCUCUCCAGGUUGACUCCAGAGGACAAGCGUCUGUUGUGGGAGAAGCGUUCGUUCUGCCAGUCAGAGAGUGGUGCCCUGCCCCUGGUGCUGGCUAGUGCCCCCCGCUGGGAGUGGGCAUGUCUGUCAGACAUUUACGCCCUGCUCCGCCAGUGGGCAUGUCUCAACCACCACGACGCACUGGGCCUCCUGCAUGCCACGUAAGGGGACUGUGUGUGUGUGUGUGUGUGUGCGUGUGCGUGCGUGCGUGUGUGUGGUUGCCAGGCAAUGGUUUCUGGGGCAACACUCGCCAGGGAAAUAGCCACCUUGGCAAAAGUCAGCAGGCAACUGUCACCAGAAGACCUGCGGUCGCCAUUCGACCUUGUCAUGUUGUGUUAGGACUGGAGGUGUUAGUGUGAACAACAGACAUGCUGGCAGUUUGGGGUCAUGGUCAGAGACAAGAGUGGACCAGACAGGCUUAGAAUCCUGUUCUGGAACAUAAACACCAUGAACUCACCUCAGCAGGGCAACAUGCAAGGCAUCACAUGCAUCACUCGCCUUUUAGAAUUACAGUUCAAUGAUUAAUGAGGAUAAGUCCAUGCAUUUGUUUGACCUCUCAAAUAUGUCGGCAUUCUGGAUUGAAACGAUGUAAUAAUUGAAUGCAUAAUGUAUUCAAAUGUGUGUGUCAGCUUCCCUGAUCAGGAGCUGAGGCGUACUGCAGUACAGUGGAUGGACUCCAUCUCUGACCCUGAGCUGUUGGACUUCUUGCCACAGCUUGUGCAGGUAACACCUUAUAAAUGCUUUGUGAAUGUCUUAUGAACACUUCACAAACACCUUAUCAAAGGGCUAUGUGGAGCUAUUUCCAUAUUUCUUACACCUAUCCGAUGCAUCUUUCUCUAACCAUCUCUCUCGCUUUCUCUCAGGCUCUGAAAUAUGAGUGUUACCUGGACAGCCCGUUGGUGCGUUUCCUGCUACGGAGAGCCAUAGGGGACAUGCGCAUUGCACACUACCUCUUCUGGUGAGACCUAUUCAGAUAUCAGCCAUACACUCAGCCUUCUCUGUCACACACAACUUGAUAUAGACACAGACAUACACAAAUGCAUACAUAACACAUGCAGUGCCUUCAGAAAGUAUUCACACCACUUGACUUUUUCCACAUUUUGUUGUGUUACACACUGAAUUUUAAAUGGAUUAAAUUGAGAUUGUGUGUCACUGGCCUACACACAAUACCACAUAAUGUCAAAGUGGAAUUAUGUUUCUAGAAAUCUUUACAAAUUAAUAAAAAAUGAAAAGCUGAAAUGUCUUGAGUCAAUAAGUAUUCAACCCCUUUGUUAUGGCAAGCCUAAAUAAGUUGAGGAGUAAAAAUGUGUUUAACAGGUCGCGUAAUAAGUUGCAUGGACUCACUCUGUGUACAAUAAUGUUGAACAUGAUUUUUGAAUGACUACCACAUCUCUGUACCCCACACAUACAAUUAUCUGUAAGGUCCCUCAGUCGAGCAGUGAAUUUCUAACACAGAUUCAACCACAAACACCAGGGAGGUUUUCCAAUGCCUCACAAAGAAGGGUACCUAUUGGUAGAUGGGUCAAAAUAAAAUAAGCAGACAUUGAAUAUCCCUUUGAGCAUGGUGAAGUUAUUAAUUACACUUUGAUGGUGUAUCAAUACACCCAGUCACUACAAAGAUACAGGCGUCCUUCCUAACUCAGUUUCUGAGGAGGAAGGAAACCAUUCACCAUGAGGCCAAUGGUGACUUUAAAACAGUUAGAGUGUAAUGGCUGCGAUAGGAGAAAACUGAGGAUGGAUCAACAACAUUGUAUUUACUCCACAAUACUAACCUAAUUGACAUAGUGAAAAGAAGGAAGCCUGUACAGAAUACAAAUAAUAUAAUACUGCAAAAUAUUUGGCAAAGCAAUUGACUUUUUGUCCUGAAUACAAAGUGUUAUGUUUGGGGGAAAUCCUCCAAACAUGGCUGCAUCAGGUUAUGGGUAUUCUUGUAAUCGUUAAGGACUGGGAUGUUUUUCAGGAUAAAAAAUAAACUGAAUGGAGCUAAGCACAUGCAAAAUCCUAGAGGAAAACCUGGUUCCGUCUGCUUUCCACCAGACACUGGGAGAUGAAUUCACCUUUCAGUAGGACAAUAACCUAAAACAUGAGGCCAAAUCUACACGGGAGUUGCUUACUAAGAAGACCGUGAAUGUUCCUGAGUGGCUGAGUUACAGUUUUGACUUAAAUCUGCUUGAAAAUAUAUGUCACGACCUGAAAAUGGUUGUCUAGCAAUGAUCAAAACCAAUUUGACAGAGCUUGAAUAAUUUUGAAAAUAAUAAUGGGCAAAUAUUGAACAAUCCAGGUGUGGAAAGGUCUUAGAGAUUUACCCCAAAAAAAUUAUUUGAAUCCCACUUUGUAAAACAACUAAAUGUGGAAAAAGUCAAGGGGUGUUAAUACUUUCUGAAGGCACUGUAUGUAAAUGAGAUAUUUCUGUAUUUAAUUUUCAAUAACUGUGCAAACAUUUCUAAAAACAUGUUUUCACUUUGUCAUUAUGGGGUAUUGUGUGUAGAUGGGUGAGAAAAAAAGAAAGAAUCCAUUUUGAAUUCAGGCUGUAACAGAACAAAAUGUGGAAUAAGUCAAGGGGUAUGAAUACUUUCUAAAGGCAUACAACCACCUCUAAUUCACAUCAGUCAAUUCAUGACUCACAUUCGCUCACAGACACACCCGCCCAAUCACACAGAGCAGCACUGGAGUCCAUACAUGACAAUGCAGUAAUGUACAAUGAUAUCAUUGACACUUUGUCUUCAAUAGGACAAACAUGCAUACAGGUCGCCACCUGCUGGACAGAUUGGGAAAUGCCAGAACAAACUUUCUGUAGGAUACAUUCGGAUUUCCAGAAUGUAUUCUUUAAAAUGACUUAACACAUUAGCAUCAGAACACAAAGUACACCAUUUUAAAAUAUACUCAAGUUUAUACAUUUACACAGUAUACAGUACUGCACAAUGGAGAGUUGCAGUCCGUCUUAGAAUUGGUGGCUAGUAAAAACUAGUCCUGAACAUCUCUAAAACUAAGAGCAUUGUGUUUGGUACAAAUCAUUCCCUAAGUUCUAGACUUCAGCUGAAUCUGAUAAUGACUAAUGUGGCUGUUGAGCAGGUUGAGGAGACUAAAUUACUUGGUGUUACCUUGGAUUGUAAACGGUCAUUGUCAAAACAUAUUGACUCAAUGGAAUGGUUGUAAAGAUGGGAAGAGGUCUGUCCGUGAGAAAGAGAUGCUUUGCUUUUUUGACACCAUACUUCACAAAGCAACUCGUGCAGGCUCUAGUUUGAUCUUAUCUUGAUUAUUGCUCAGUUAUAUGGUCAGGUGCUGCAAAGAAGGACCUAGAAAAACUGCAGUUGUCCCAGAACAUAGUGGCACAUCUUACUCUUCACUGUAAUCAGAGGGCUAAUAUUAAUAUUAUGCAUGCCAGUCUCUCUUGGCUAAAAGUAGAUGGAGAGACUGACUAAAUAAUUAAAUUCCAAAUUGUUUGUAAUGUCAACUUACACACAGCACUGACAGACACCCUUACUCCAACAGACAUGCCACCAGGGGUAUUUUCACAGUCCCAUAAUCCAGAACAAAUUCAAGAGGAACAUACAAUAUUAUAUAGAGCCAUGAUUGCAUGGAACUCCCUUCUAUCUCAGAUUGCUCAAGUGAACAGCAAACCUGGUUUUAAAAAAACUGAUAAAGCAACACCUCACGGCACAACGCAUCUCCCCUAUUGUGUGUAUGUACUGAUAUGUAGGCUAUGUGUGACAUUUGAAAUGUAUGCAGUUCUGUCCUUGAGCUGUUGUUGUCUAUUAAUGUUCUGUAUUAUGUCAGGUUUCAUGUUCUGUGUGGACCCCAGGAAGAGUAGCUGCUGCUUUGCUGUUCACUAUCACAACAGCUAAUGGGGAUCCUAAUAAACUACCAAUACCAAGUAUGACCAAUAGUCAGAUAGAUAUUGGCCCUGUUGGAGUACUUCAGAAAUGCAUUCUUCUUUCUUUCCUACAAGAAUACAGAACUGAAUUGGUUGAAUUGGUGAAAAUGAAAGGGUAACAUUGCUUUCGCCACCAUCAUUUAUAGAUCUGUGCUUGCCUCAAGGAAAGUAUUUGAACACGGCCAUUGUUGUAAAACAGUUUCUUUACAUGAUUUGAACCUCUCUUUCACUCUACCUCUCCCAGGUUGUUGAAGGACACUCUGCAGGACAGUCAGUUCAGUGGGAGGUACCAGCACCUGUUAGCAGGACUGCUGUGCUGUGUGGGUCGGGGUCUAAGAGAGGAGUUUGACAGACAGUGCUGGCUGGUCACCAUCCUGGCUAAAGUAGCCCAACGUGUCCGGGACGCCUCUCCCUCCAGCAGACAGGCCAUCCUUCGAGAGGGCCUAGAGGAGGUCAAGCAGUUCUUCUCAGUCAGUAGCAGCUGCCGUCUCCCCCUCAACCCUGGCAUGCUGGUCAAAGCCAUCAACAUACAGGUACGUGUUUUUUAUAAAACCUUUCUUUUGACAGGGAGUCAAUGCUGAGACCAAGGUCUCUUUUCCAGAUGAGGCCUGUAUAGCACCACAAUACACAUCAAAAUAUAAUAAACACAUUCAACUACACAUUCAUAUACACAAUUAAAUACAUGAAAAAGAAAACACAAUCAUAAAAUAACAGACACAUUCUUCAGUAAAAAGGUCCCCUAACAACCGUCUGAAAUGCCCUAGAGGCAUCAAUUCCUCCAAUUUUAAAGUGCAUUGUAGAUCAUUCCACACGUAAGGUGCAAGGAGAUUAAAGGCUGGUUUACCUAACUCUCUAGACACCAAUAAGUCGGAAGUUUGUGGAGCAGGGCUUUGUAAACAAAAAGAGUGUAAUGAUGUGAUCUAAGUGACUUCAAAGAGGUCCAGCCAACCUUUUGGUAAAGAAUACAGUGAUUAGUAAUAAAACUUUAUUUUUACUAUUUUCUACAUUGUAUAAUAAUAGUGAAGAUAUCAAAACUAUGAAAUAACAUAUGGAAUCAUGUAGUAAGCAAAAAAGUGUUAAACAAAUCAAAAUAUACUUUAUGUUUGAGAUUCUUCAAAUAGCCACCCUUUGCCUUGAUGACAGCUUUGCACACUCUUGGCAUUCUCUCAACCAGCUUCACCUGGAAUGCUUUUCCAACAGUCUUGAAGUAGUUCACACAUAUACUGAGCACUUGUUGGCUGCUUUUCCUUCAUUCUGCGGUCAGACUCAUCCCAAACCAUCUCAAUUGGGUGGAGGUCGGGGAUUGUGGAGGCCAGGUCAUCUGAUGCAGCACUCCAACACUCUCCUUCUUGGUAAAAUAGCCCUUACACAGCCUGGAGGUGUGUUGGGUCAUUGUCCUGUUGAAAAACAAAUGAUAGUCCCACUAAGCCCAAAACAGAUGGGAUGGCGUAUCACUGUAGAAUGCUGUGGUAGCCAUGCUGUGUGGGUCAUUGUCCUGUUGAAAAACAAGUGAUAGUCCCACUAAGCCCAAACCAGAUGGGAUGGCGUAUCACUGUAGAAUGCUGUGGUAGCCAUGCUGGUUAAGUGUGCCUUGAAUUCUAAAUAAAUCACAGACAGUGUCACCAGCAAAGCACCAUCACACCUCCUCCUUCAUGCUUUACGGUAGGAAAUACACAUGAGGAGAUCAUCUAAUCACCAACAACGCUUCUCACAAAGACACAGCGGUUGGAACCAAAAAUCUCCAAUCUAGACUCCAGACAUAAGGACACAUUUCCACCGGUCUGAUUGCUUGUGUUUUUUGGCCCAAGCAAGUCUCUUCUUCUUAUUGGUUUCUUUGCAGCAAUUUGACCAUGAAGGCCUGAUUCACACAGUUCUGAGGCUGGUAACUCUAAUGAACUUAUCCUCUGCAGCAGAGGUAACUCUGGGUCUUCCAUUCCUGUGGCGGUCCUCAUGAGAGCCAGUUUCAUCAUAGCGCUUGAUGGUUUUUACGACUGCACUUUUUCCGGCUUGACUGACCUUAAAAUAAUGAUGGAAUGUUGUUUCUCUUUGCUUAUUUGACCUGUUCUUGCCAUAAUAUGGACUUGGUAUUUUACCAAAUAGGGCUAUCUUCUGUAUACCCCGCCCCUACCUUGUCACAACACAACUGAUUGGCUCAAACGCAUUAAGAAGGAAAGAAAUUCCACAAAUUAACUUUUAAGAAGGCACACCUGUUAAUUGAAAUGCAUUCCAGGUGACUACCUCAUGAAGAAUCUCAUAUAUAAAAUAUAUUUAGAUUUGUUUAACACUUUUUGGGUUACUACAUGAUUCCAUAUGUGUUAUGUCAUAGUUUUGAUGUCUUCACUAUUACUCUACAAUGUAAAAAUAAAGAAAAACCCUUGAAUGAGAAGGUGUCCAAACUUUUGACUGGUAGUGUACUUCAGGAAAUUCAAGAAACCCUGUCAGUCACGAUGGCCUGAGGUCUGACACUAAGAUAAUCAUAAAACCAUGAACAGGCUUCAGAGCUCAGGCCUAUCGAGAACAACUUAUUCAAUAAAAUAGCAUGAUCAACAGUAUCAAAAGCUUUUGACAGGUCCACAAACAAAGCAGCACAUUUCAUUUGAGUGUCUAAAGCAUUGCCAAGAUCAUUAACAACUGAAGUGGUUGCUGUAAUAGUCCUACACUAUGCCCAGGCCUAAAGCCUGAUUGGUUUAAAUUAAAAAUACACUUCUCAGAUGAAAAAGAGCCAAGUUGUAUAUUUACCAAGGAUUCAAGUAUCUUAGCAAGACAAGGAGGUGAUAAUUAUUACGAUCACUACUCUCCCCGCCCUUAUGGAGUGGCAGCACAAGAGCUGAUUUCCAUACUUUUGGAAUAUUUCCUGAUAGCAAUAUUAAAUAAAAAAUGUGGGAUAUUGAGCCAACAAUGAUGGGCGCUGCACACUUAAGCAGACCGGGAUCCAAUUGGUCGCCCCCUGUGGAUUUCUUGUUGUCUAUUGCUAGCAAAGCAUCCAGAACUUAUUUUUCUGUAAAUAGCCUAAAAGAAAAGCUUUGACUAUCUGGUCAUUCAGCAAGUUUCCUUUAUCAGCAUCCAGCUCAAUAUCAUUGUGAAUAGGCUUAGCCCGCUGAAAUAAAAUGGUGAUUAAAUCCAUCAAUGAUGGAAUUUUUUCCGUAAUGAAGCCUGUGUCUGAAUGAAUUUGUUGGCAGAGAGGAAGAAGAACCCUUCAGGGAUCUGACAGUUUUCCAGAAUUUAGCCGGGUUCCCAUUACAAUCCGAAAGAGUGGUUACAUAAUACUCAGAUUUAGCCUUUCUGAUUUGUCUUACACAAUGAUUCCUCAGUUGCUUAAAAGCUUGCCAGUCUGGGCCUAAGCCUGUGUUCCUGGCCUUGACCCAAGUAUCAUCUCUUUUAUGAAUGACUUCUGAUAAUUCCCUGGUCAAAAGUAGAAUACUGUAGGGAACAGGGACGCAUGCCCAUAGUUUGUUUGCAUAAAUGCUAAUGCACAGUGUCUUUGGUUGCUUGGUUGUAUGUUUGCCUCUGGGUGUUCUGUGUUUGCCUCUGGGUGUUCUGUGUUCAAUUGUAGUAUGUGUAUGUUCCUUUGUAUUUUAGUGUGUGUGUGUGUGUGAUCUCUAAUCCUUUCUCUCAUCUCCUGUCUGCAGUCGUGCUCCUACUUCAACUCCAACGCCGUGCCCCUCAAACUGUCCUUCCAGAACCUGGACCCUCGAGGAGACAACAUCAACGUCAUCUUCAAGGCACACAUUCUAAACUACUGAAUCAACAAACCACUUCAUUGUGCUUUUCUGAACCCUUGUUGACCUUUGACCUCUGUGACCUCUCUGUCUUGUGCCGUUUGACCUCUACUUCCCAGUCAGGUGAUGACCUGCGCCAGGACAUGCUGACCUUGCAGAUCAUCCGCAUCAUGAACAAGAUCUGGAUCCAGGAGGGACUGGACAUGAGGAUGGUCAUCUUCAGAUGCUUCUCUACUGGACGAGGCAGAGGUGAGGAAGGGAGAGCGAGGGGGGGGGGAUAUGAAUUGGAGAUGUGUUACAAUACUGACUCCCCUCUCUACCUCUAUCCUCCCCCCUCUUUCUCCUCCCUUCUAUCCCACCCGCUCUCUCCCUCUCUUCCUUCCCCUCUCUCCCCUUCUCUCUCUCUCUCUGUCUGUCUGUGUGUCUGUGUGUGUGUGUCAGGUAUGGUGGAGAUGAUUCCCCAGGCUGAGACUCUGAGGAAGAUCCAGGGGGAACAUGGAGUGACUGGUUCCUUUAAGGACCGCCCCCUGGCUGACUGGCUACAGAAACACAACCCUACAGAGGACGAGUACGAGAAGGUACGGUCACUAACGCGCGCGCACACUGUUGCCCGCAUGCAUGCACGCACUCACUCUCUCAAGCACACACACGUACGCACACACACUCUCUCUCUCUCCUUCUCAAACUCACAAACACACUCUGUCGUACACACUUUGACCUGUAACCUCUAACCCUGUUCUAUGUCAUGCUAGGCUGUGGAGAACUUCAUUUACUCGUGCGCAGGCUGCUGUGUGGCCACCUACAUCUUGGGUAUCUGUGACCGCCACAACGACAACAUCAUGCUGAAGACCAGCGGUCACAUGUUCCACAUCGACUUCGGCAAGUUCCUGGGACAUGCCCAGAUGUUCGGCAACAUCAAACGGUGAGCCCUGGAGGCAGAAAGUACGCUGGGAAAUGUAUGCCCAACUUCAAUUUCUAAUCUAGCCGUAUCCCCUAUCGCUAGGACAGAGGAUCACAACUUUAGCCACUUAGUCUUUGUUUUUAGCUAUGCCUUACCGAAGGGUCCUUGCUAUCUAGAAUCCUUGGGAUGUCCCAACUCUGAUGUCACCCCAUUGAAGUUGAAAUUUAAAAUGGUUAGGGUAAGGGUAGGGGUUAAUGUUAGGGCUUAGGAUAUGGACAUCCCAAGGAUCCCAAAACUGUAUUUUUCUGACCGACACAGAUGGUUCUGUUCCUAUUGGUAGAGACCAAUUGCCCUGUGUUCUGAUUACUGUUUCUCUGUGUGUGUGUGAUUGGCAGGGACCGUGCUCCAUUUGUGUUCACUUCUGACAUGGCCUAUGUCAUCAACGGAGGAGACAAACCUUCCAGUCGCUUUCAUGACUUUGUGGACCUGUGCUGUGAGGCCUACAACCUCAUCCGCAAACAUGCACACCUCUUCCUCAACCUACUGGGACUGGUACGUACAUAUGGACCGCCAUACGUAAAAAUGUAUGCACACAUGACUGUAAGUCGCUUUGGAUAAAAGCGUCUGCUAAAUGGCAUAUUAUUAUAUUAUUACACGCAGGCACACACACACACGUGCGCACACAUACACUCACACACACUGUUUUCCUAUGUCUCCUGUGUAGAUGUUGUCAUGUGGCAUCCCUGAGCUGUCAGAUCUGGAUGAUCUGAAGUAUGUCUACGACGCCCUGAGACCUCACGAGUCUGAGGCUGACGCCACCAUGUACUUUACCAGGUACACACACACAAAAAUACAGUGAGGGGAAAAAAGUAUUUGAUCCCCUGCUGAUUUUGUACGUUUGCCCACUGACAAAGAAAUGAUCAGUCUAUAAUUUUAAUGGUAGGUUUAUUUGAACAGUGAGAGACAGAAGAAUAACAACAACAAAAAUCCAGAAAAAAAACGCAUGUCAAAAAUGUUAUAAAUUGAUUUGCAUUUUAAUAAGGGAAAUAAGUAUUUGACCCCCUCUCAAUCAGAAAGAUUUCUGGCCCCCAGGUGUCUUUUAAACAGGUAACGAGCUGAGAUUAGGAGCACACUCUUAAAGGGAGUGCUCCUAAUCUCAGCUUGUUACCUGUAUAAAAGACACCUGUCCACAGAAGCAAUCAAUCAAUCAGAUUCCAAACUCUCCACCAUGGCCAAGACCAAAGAGCUCUCCAAGGAUGUCAGGGACAAGAUUGUAGACCUACACAAGGCUGGAAUGGGCUACAAGACCAUCGCCAAGCAGCUUGGUGAGAAGGUGACAACAGUUGGUGCGAUUAUUCGCAAAUGGAAAAAACACAAAAUAACUGUCAAUCUCCCUCGGCCUGGGGCUCCAUGCAAGAUCUCACCUCGUGGAGUUGCAAUGAUCAUGAGAACGGUGGAACGAGGAAUCAGCCCAGAACUACACGGGAGGAUCUUGUCAAUGAUCUCAAGGCAGCUGGAACCAUAGUCACCAAGAGAACAAUUGGUAACACACUACGCCGUGAAGGACUGAAAUCCUGCAGCGCCCGCAAGGUCCCCCUGCUCAAGAAAGCACAUAUACAGGCCCGUCUGAAGUUUGCCAAUGAACAUCUGAAUGAUUCAGAGGAGAACUGGGUGAAAAUGUUGUGGUCAGAUGAGACCAAAAUGGAGCUCUUUGGCAUCAACUCAACUCGCCGUGUUUGGAGGAGGACGAAUUCUGCCUAUGACCCCAAGAACACCAUCCCCACCGUCAAACAUGGAGGUGGAAACAUUAUGCUUUGGGGGUGUUUUUCUGCUAAGGGAACAGGACAACUUCACCGAAUCAAAGGGACGAUGGAAGGGGCCAUGUACCGUCAGAUCUUGGGUGAGAACCUCAUUCCCUCAGCCAGGGCAUUGAAAAUGGGUAGUGGAUGGGUAUUCCAGCAUGACAAUGACCCAAAACACACGGCCAAGGCAACAAAGGAGUGGAUCAAGAAGAAGCACAUUAAGGUCCUGGAGUGGCCUAGCCAGUCUCCAGACCUUAAUCCCAUAGGAAAUCUGUGGAGGGAGCUGAAGGCUCGAGUUGCCAAACGUCAGCCUCGAAACCUUAAUGACUUGGAGAAGAUCUGCAAAGAGGAGUGGGACAAAAUCCUUCCUGAGAUGUGUGCAAACCUGGUGGCCAACUACAAGAAACGUCUGACCUCUGUGAUUGCCAACAAGGGUUUUGCCACCAAGUACUAAGUCAUGUUUUGCAGAGGGGUCAAAUACUUAUUUCCCUCAUUAAAAUGCAAAUCAAUUUAUAACAUUUUUGACAUGCGUUUUUCUGGAUAUUUUUGUUGUUAUUCUGUCUCUCACUGUUCAAAUAAACCUACCAUUAAAACUAUAGACUGAUCAUGUCUUUGUCAGUGGGCAAACGUACAAAAUCAGCAGGGGAUCAAAUACUUUUUUCCUUCACUGUACGUCUGUAUCAUUGUCUCACGUUGAGGGACGAGCGUCACGUAGCAGUGACGCCAUCUGACAUGAGACUAUGACUCAUGAAUAUAACUCUAUACUGUAGACUUAUAGACCGUAUAGUCAUAGACUGUGUGUUUCUGUCUGGUUUUUCCAUUUGUCUGCUCUGCGUUGUUGUCUCUUGUUUGACUGAUCUUUCUCUCCCCCCUCACUCUCUCUCUCCUCACUCUGUCUGUCUGUCUGUCUGUCUGUCUGUCUGUCUGUCUGUCUGUCUGUCUGUCUGUCUGUCUGUCUGUCUGUCUGUCUGUCUGUCUGUCUGUCUGUCUGUCUGUCUGUCUGUCUGUCUGUCUAUCUAUCUAUCUAUCUAUCUAUCUAUAUAUCUUCUAUCUAUCGACUAUCUAUCUAGCUAUCUAGAUCCGAUCGAGAUGAUAUGAUCGAGAGAGAUCGUAUAUCUCCUCUCUAGAGAGAUAAUCGAUCUUGAGAGCCUCCCCUCUUCUCUCUCGCCUCUCCCUCUCCGCGAGAAAAACCUAGUCGAGACCCCUCUCUACAAUCUCCUCUCCCUCUAUCCUCUAGCCUCUCUCUCUCUCUCUCUCGCUCUCUCUCCCUCUCUCUAUAGCUCUCUCUCUCUCUAGGUUGAUAGAGUCAAGUCUGGGCAGUGUUGCCACUAAGUUGAACUUCUUCAUCCAUAACUUGGCCCAGAUGAAGUUUGCCUCAUCCGAGGAGCGUCCUGUCCUCUCCUUCGCCCCACGGGUUUACACCCUCAAGACUGACGGACUCAUCCGCAACCUCUUUGUCUGCCGACACAUACGAACAUACAGCCCCAGCAAAGGAUACGUAAGUCUACAGUCAUACAGUUGAAGUCGGAAGUUUACAUACACUUAGGUUGGAGUCAUUAAAACUUGUUUUUCAACCACUCCACACAUUUCUUGUUAACAAACUAUAGUUCAGGCAAGUCGGUUAGGAAUAGUAAUUUUUCCAACAAUUGUUUACAGACAGAUUAUUUCACUUAUAAUUCACUGCAUCACAAUUCCAGUGGGUGAGAAGUUUACAUACACUAAGUUGACUGUGCCUUUAAACAGCUUGGAAAAUUCCAGAAAAUGAUGUCAUGGCUGUAGAAGCUUCUGAUAGGCUAAUUGACAUCAUUUGAGUCAAUUGGAGGUGUACCUGUGGAUGUAUUUCAAGGCCUACCUUCAAACUCAGUGCCUCUUUGCUUGACAUCAUGGGAAAAUCAAAAGAAAUCAGCCAAGACCUGAGAAAAGAAAUUGUAGACCUCCACAAGUCUGGUUCAUCCUUGGGAGCAAUUUCAAAACGCCUGAAGGUACCACGUUCAUCUGUACGAACAAUAGUACGCAAGUAUAAACACCAUGGGACCACGCAGCCCUCAUACCGCUCAGGAAGGAGACACUUUCUGUCUCCUAGAGAUGACCGUACUUUGGUGCGAAAAGUGCAAAUCAAUCCCAGAACAACAGCAAAGGACCUUGUGAAGAUGCUGGAGGAAACAGGUACAAAAGUAUCUAUAUCCACAGUAAAACGAGUCCUAUAUCGACAUAACCUGAAAGGCCGCUUAGCAAGGAAGAAGUCACUGCUCCAAAACCACCAUGAAAAAGCCAGACUACGGUUUGCAACUGCACAUGGGGACAAAGAUCGUACUUUUUUGAGAAAUGUCCUCUGGUCUGAUGAAACAAAAACAGAACUGUUUGGCCAUAAUGACCAUCAUUAUGUUUGGAGGAAAGGGGGGAAGGCUUGCAAGCCGAAGAACACCAUCCCAACCGUGAAAGACAGGGGUGGCAGCAUCAUGCUGUGGGGGUGCUUUGCUGCAGGAGGGACUGGUGCACUUCACAAAAUAGAUGGCAUCAUGAGGAAGGAAAAUUAUGUGGAUAUAUUGAAGCAAGCUGAAGUAAAUCAUUCUCUACUAUUAUUCUGACAUUUCACAUUCUUAAAAUAAAGUGGUGAUCCUAACUGACCUAAGAAAGGGAAUUUUUACUAGGAUUGUAUUUGGCUAAGGUGUAUGUAAACUUCCGACUUCAACUGUACGUACCUACAACCCUAGUAAAUUAAACAUACAGUACCAGUCAAAGGUUUGGACACACCUACUAAUUCCAGGGUUUUUCUUUAUUUUUGAAGAAUAAUAGUGAAUACAUAAAAACUAUGAAAUAACACACAUGGAGUCAUGUAGUAACCAAAAAAGUGUUAAAAAAAAUCAAAAUAUGUUAUAUUUGAGAUUCUUCAAAGUAGCCACCCCUUUGCCUUGAUGACAGCUUUGCACACUCUUGGCAUUCUCUCAACCAGCUUCAUGAGGUAUUCACCUGGAAUGCAUUUCAAUUAACAGUUGUGCCUUGUUAAGAGUUAAUUUGUGGAAUUUCGUUCCUUCUAAAUGCAUUUGAGACAAUCAGUUGUGUUGUGACAAGGUAGGGGUGGUAUACAGAAGAUAGCCCUAUUUGGUAAAAGACCAAGUCCAUAUUCUGGCAAGAACAGGUCAAAUAAACAAAGAGAAACAACAGUACAUCAUUAUUUUAAAACAUGAAGGUCAGUCAAGCCAGAACAUUUCAAGAACUUUGAAAGUUUCUUCAAGUGCAGUAGCAAGAACCAACAGGUGAUAUGAUGAAACUGGCUCUCAUGAGGACCGCCACAGGAAAGGGAGACCCAGAGUUACCUCUGCUGCAGAGGAUAAGUUCAUUAGAAUAACUGCACCUCAGAUUGCAGCCCAACUAAAUGCUUCACAGAAUUCAAGUAACAGACACAUCUCAACAUCAGCUGUUCAGAGGUGACUGUGUGAAUCAGGCCUGGUUCACAGCUGGUAGAGCACGGCGCUUGUAACGCCAAGGUAGUGGGUUCGAUCCCCGGGACCACCCAUACACAAAAAUGUAUGCACGCAUGACUGUAAGUCGCUUUGGAUAAAAGCGUCUGCUAAAUGGCAUAUUAUUAUAUUAUUAUUAUUCAUGGUCGAAUUGCUGCAAAGAAACCACUACUAAAGGACACCAAUAAGAAGAAGAGACUUGAUUGGGCCAAGAAACACGAGCAAUGGGCAUUAGACCGGCGGAAAUCUGUCCUUUGGUCUGAUGAGUCCAAAUUUGAGAUUUUUGGUUCUAACCGCCGUGUCUUUGUGAGACCUCCAGGCUGUGUAAUGGCUAUUUGACCAAGAAAGAGAGUAAUGGAGUGCUGCAUCAGAUGACCUGGCCUCCACAAUCACCCGAUCUCAACCCUAUUGAGAUGGUUUGAGAUGAGCUGGACCGCAGAGUGAAGGAAAAGCAGCCAACAAGUGCUCAGCAUAUGUGGGAACUCCUUCAAGACUGUUGGAAAAGCAUUCCAGGUGAAGCUGGUUGAGAGAAUGCCAAGAGUGUGCAAAGCUGUCAUCAAGGCAAAGGGAGGCUACUUUGAAGAAUCUCAAAUAUAAAAUAUAUUUUGAUUUGUUUAACACCUUUUUGGUUACUACAUGAUUCCAUAUGUGUUAUUUCAUAGUUUUGAUGUCUUCACUAUUAUUCAACAUUUUGACUGGUACUGUACGUAAGUCUACAGUUGCUUGUAUGCAAAGGCCAAGCAAGGAAUAAGUCGUACACUAUACUAGGUAUACACAUAGACCCAGCAAAUGAAAGCUUUUUAAGUUGGAUGUAUAAACAUAUGCACCUACACCAGGCAGUGGCUGUCAGUGCUAUUUCAGAUGAGCGAGGACAAUUUGUUUUCCAUGAGCAUGGCCUUAUUUCUAUCACAGGAUAUUGGAUGACUGUCAUUCAUAUUCCAUUCCUUGUUUUCGAAAGAAAAGCAAUUUUUUUGUCCAUUUAAAUAACAUCAAAUUGAUCAGAAAUACAGUGUAGACAUUGUUAAUGUUGUAAAUGGCUAUUGUAGCUGGAAACGGCUGACUUUUUAUGGAAUAUCUACAUAGGCGUACAGAGGCCCAGUAUCAGCAACCAUCAGUCCUGCAAAACACCAGUCUCAACGUCAACAGUGAAGAGGCGACUCCGGGAUGCUGACCUUCUAGGCAGAGCUGCAAAGAAAAAGCCAUAUCUCAGACUGGCCAAUAAAAAGAAAAGAUUACGAUGGGCAGUCUGAGAUAUGGCUUUUUCUUUGCAACUCUGCCUAGAAGGUCAGCAUCCCGGAGUCGCCUCUUCACUGUUGACGUUGAGACUGGUGUUUUGCGGGUACUAUUUAAUCAAGCUGCCAGUUGAGGACCUGUGAGGCGCCUGUUUCUCAAACAAGACACUAAUGUAUUUGUCCUCUUGCUCAGUUGUGCACCGGGGGCUCCCACUCCUCUUUCUAUUCUGGUUAAAGCCAGUUUGCGCUGUUCUGUGAAGGGAUAGUAUACAGCGUUGUACGAGAUCUUCAGUUGCUUGGCAAUUUCUCGCAUGGAAUAGCCUUAAUUUCUCAGAACAAGAAUAUACUGACGAGUUUCAAAAGAAAGUUAUUUGUUUCUGGCCAUUUUGAUUCUGUAAUCGAACCCACAAUUGCUGAUGCGGCAGAUACUCAACUAGUCUCAAGAAGGCCAGUUUUAUUGCUUCUUUAAUCAGCACAACAGUUUUCAGCUGUGCUAACAUAAUUGCAAAAGGGUUUUCUAAUGAUCAAUUAGCCUUUUAAAAUGAUAAACUUGGAUUAGCAAACACAACGUGCCAUUGGAACACAGGACUGAUGGGUGCUGAUAAUGGGCCUCUGUAGAUAUUCCAUUAAAAAUCAGCCAUUUCCAGCUACAAUAGCCAUUUACAACAUUAACAAUGUCUAAAAUGUAUUUCUGAUCAAUUUGAUGAUAUUUUAAAGGACAUAAUAAUUGCUUUUCUUUAGAAAACAAGGACAUUUCUAAGUGACCCCAAACUUUCGAACGGUAGUGUAUAUGUUUAAAAUAUAAACUUUGCUCCAGUAUGUAACUCCUGUGUGUCUCUCUCCCCAGGCAUUUGUGGUGAAGGUGGAGCGGGAGGGCCAACAGGAGUCAGUGUUGGUACAGAGGAGCUUUGAGGAGUUCUUUGAACUACACAGUAAACUACGCCUCAUCUUCCCCUCGUCCAAACUACCCAGGUAACACACACACAUACACUUAUGCACACACACACACACUGAUAAUGUACAGAGAACAUAACCCUUCUCUUGAAACAACGCUUAACUGUAAGUAGUGAUAGAGGAAUAGUAAAAUAUGAGUGAUAAUAAUGGAGUAUUAAUCUAUCGUGGACAGACUACGCAUCUGACCAAAUUCUGGGUUAACCGAGAUUAAUGGAGUCUAAAUAACUGAAGGAAAUUAUGUCAGUGGUAUCUAUCUGUACCCAUACUAACUACCUACAGUAACUAAAUGUAGCAACUGUAAAGUGAAACCAUGGCAAAGUCCUUUGAUGCCCCUCCCAGUUUCCCCAGCCGCUUUUUGAUUGGGCGGUCUCGAGGAGAGGCGAUGGCUGAUAGGAGGAAAGAUGAGCUGAACGGAUACGUCUGGCAUCUGGUGCACGCUGCGCCAGAGGUCGCCCAGGUAACCAGUCAUCUCUGACCUUUGGUGUGUUCACUAGACUGACCACGAAUGUCAUCCUAAUCCUGUAACAACCCAUUUACAGUGGUUAAGUUGUAGUGUAAAUGACUGUAUGAAACUAAUGUGAUUCUUAAAAUUACUGUAUUCUUUUUCUAACUGACAUCAUAAAUAUCCAGACGUACACUGGCACAGGCUUAUAAAAAUAGAGGCAGAAUGAUCGGUACAGAGUCUCUGUCUGUCUGUGGUUUCAGUUUGACUGCAGGGUUUCUUAGAAUUCAGCCCCUCCCUUUUAGAAGCAGCGUCAUAUCAGCCUUGCAGCCUCAGACACACAAACACACAUGCUAUCUCAGGGCGGAUACUGCAGGCCCAUAUCAGAGCUGUCCAGCCUCGGAGUGCUGGCAAACUUCCGUCCACUGUAUCCGUAAUAGAACAGUUUGACAAACUAAAACACAAGCUAGAAUUGCUAGCCCCAAAUAUUGGCAUUUAAUUUUUCCGUUUGGAAAUAGUGCCCACAGUGUUCUGGUGAGUUAAUGUGCUACCUGUAAAUGAAUUAGGCCUCAUGGAGGUUGGCAUAUUGUUGUUUUCUGUCAUUAACUGAAUAUACACUUCCUCCUCCUCUUCUCUACCCCCCUCUCUCUCUCUCUCUUUUGUCUAUCUCUCAGUGUGACCUCAUCUACACUUUCUUCCAUCCUCUGCAAAGAGACGAGAAACCUGGAACAGUGGUGAACACACUGCAGAGCAAACCUGCAGGUACACACCCACACAGUGUGUGAUUCAUCAUAUUACUCACUGAGAGGAUUGAUAGCUAUUGAUUGGAACCAUUAUUUUAAUGAGAUCAUUUGCACAGCAUGUAGGCACAGGGUUAAAGUUAAUCGCUUACUAAAAACAAACGCCCACACAGUAUAUCUACCAGCAUCAGCCGACCCCGUGGCUCUGUAUCCUUGGCGACGGGAAUAGUAGCCUAUGUGAUAACUUUAACCAAUCACAGACUAGGGUCUUAUUAUGCGCUGUUUGAACAACGUGUCGGGAAUCACACAGCAUGUCAAACACAGAGGUGUACACGAACACUAACGCUGUUAUCUACAUUUCUCUUAGACCAUGCAGCAUUUCUUGCUUUGGGAGCAGUUUUCAGUUCAUACUUAUUGCUGUUUGCACAGUUGGAUAGUGAGAUGUUAUGGUUGCUGUGUUUGGUUCCAUUGACCUAAGGAUCAGGGUUAGGGUUAGAGGUCAAUGGAACUCCAGCUGUUGCUCUGCCUGAUUGGCUUUCUAAUGAAGAUGGAUCUACAGCACUUACAGAGGAAUAGAAUCACCUAUCUCUGUAGAUCCAUCCCUCCCUGGCCCGUCACACACACAAUGCAUGGACACACACCUCCUGCCACUAUAAACACACACACUGUAGGCUAUAGACUUAUUCAGAUCCUACAUCAUACUCUUUCAGCUCUAAACACAUACUCUGUCUGAGUCUCUGUCUCUCUCCCCCACCUCCAGAGAUCUGUUGGGCUCCGGUCUCAGGCAAAGUGGUAGGAGAGGUCAAGCUCUCCAUCUCCUAUAAGAGUGACAAGCUCUUCAUCAUGGUCAUGCACAUACGAGGCCUGGUGAGUGUAUGCGUUUAUGCGUGUGUGUGUGUGUACGCUCAGCAUACUGAUUGAGAAUGUAAUGAAGUUGUAUACUGUUAUUGUGGAUAUACUGACUAUCCCCAUCCCCCCUCUGUCUUUCCCAGCAACCCUUGCAGGAUGGGACAGACCCUGACCCCUACGUCAAGCUGUACCUCCUCCCAGACCCCCAGAAAACCGGCAAGAGGAAGACCAAGGCUGCGCGACGCACCUGCAACCCCACCUACAACGAGAUGGUGAGGAAAGGUUCCUAAGUACAAAAUAAAACAAAUCAUUAAUCUUACAAUGGAGUCAAGAAGGCAAAAUUAUAUUUGUCCCUUCUCUCUCCCCGUAGCUGGUGUAUGACCGUAUCCCUCGCGGGGACCUGCAGCAGAGGGUGAUCCACCUGCGGGUGCUGGGGGAGGGUGCAUUCUGGGAAAACACCCUGCUGGGCGAGGCCUUCAUCCCCCUGAAGACCCUGACAGCCGGGCAGUGCUGGGCAGACUGGCACCAACUGGGCACACCCAGCACAGACUCCACACGCUGA